AUGGAUCCUCAGAAUCAAUCCGGCUCCCAUCCCCAGCAGGGCCGGCCCCAGCCUGUUUACGACACAACGCAUGGCGGUCACUACGGCGCGAGCGCUGCGCUCUCCGCCCAGGGUUUCGCUCCCGCCGAACUCUACACCGGUCCUUGGGCCAAUGUUCACCAGGGUUUGACCGGACAGUACAAAGACAUCUUGACAACCUACUGGCAGCAGACGAUUAAUCACUUGGAGAGCGAUAAUCACGACUACAAACUGCAUCAGCUGCCCUUGGCCCGCAUCAAAAAGGUCAUGAAAGCCGACCCCGAAGUCAAGAUGAUCUCUGCCGAAGCGCCGAUCCUCUUUGCCAAGGGUUGCGAUAUCUUUAUCACCGAGCUUACCAUGCGCGCCUGGAUUCACGCCGAAGAGAAUAAGCGCAGGACUCUGCAGCGCUCUGACAUAGCAUCUGCGCUAGCCAAAUCGGACAUGUUUGAUUUCCUCAUCGAUAUCGUGCCCCGCGAAGAGGCUUCGUCCCAUGCCAAAAGAACUGCUGGUCAAGCUGCUCCUGCUUCCCAAGGCGUCCCGGCCCAAGCCGCUUCCCAGAUACCAGGCCAGCAUGGUUCCUUGCCACAGGCCACCAAUCACUCUUCCUCAUCCCAUCCCAUGGCUGCAACUGACUACGGCCUCGCUGGCCAUGCCCUCGGCCCUGAUCAAGACUACCGGCAGAACCCCAACAUGUACCCUGGCCAAGUACAGCCAGGCCCUUCGGCUCCCUACGGCCAAGCUCAACAACCCAUGUAUGGCGAGAUUGAGGGAAUGUACGGAUACGGGGGGAUGCAGCCUCAGCAGCCGCCUAUGUCCUCCGAGGAAUUCGAGUAG